UUUUGUAACUGAUUCAACUAAUUCACGGAACGACCAAACCCUAGAAAACCUAGCAUAGCACCCCUCUCAGAGCCUCAGCAAAUGGCUUACAAACUCCAUCAUCAACACGCCGACGAAGAAUCUGGCAAAUCCGCAGCCAUGGUCCACUCGCAGCCUCGUCGAAAGGGCAUCGGGACUCGAGUCUGGCUCGUCGUCUCGGAGUCGGGCCAUACGCACAUCGAGGAGGUCGGAAAACACUCUAUCAUGAGGCGAACCGGUCUCCCCGCCAGAGACCUGAGGGUCCUCGAUCCGAUGCUUUCGUAUCCGUCGACAAUUCUUGGGAGAGAGAGGGCAAUCGUGAUCAAUUUGGAGCACAUUAUGGCUAUCAUCACUGCCAAGGAGGUUUUGAUGGUUAAUUCGACUAACCCGCUUGUCGUUCAGUUCGUUCAGGAUCUUCAGGAACGGGUUUCUUGUUCCAAGGAUACGCAACAACAGGCAACAAAGAACUGUGACACAGACAUGGAGGAUGCAGUUGAGGGUACUUGGGGCUCACCCUCAAUAAAUAGUCAUCAUGUUAUGUCUGGAAAUUUCAAUAAUUUGUCGGACAUGCCAAAUACUGAAAAGGGCAGCUCAAAUAGCGCAACUGGGAGACCAGAAGCUCCUGGACCAAAGUUGUUACCAUUUGAGUUUAGAGCACUUGAAGUAUGCCUCGAGUCUGCUUGCAGGUGCCUUGAAUCGGAAACUCAAACACUGGAGCAAGAAGCAUAUCCAGCAUUGGAUGAGUUGACUUCUAAAAUCAGCACACUUAACCUUGAGCGUGUCAGACAAAUAAAGAGUCGUCUCGUUGCAAUAUCUGGUCGUGUACAGAAGGUGAGAGAUGAACUCGAGCAUCUGUUAGAUGAUGACAAUGAUAUGGCUGAAAUGUAUUUAACAGAGAAGUUUGCUGGUCACUCAAUGGACCACACAUCCUUAAAGGAGGAAUUAUAUGAUGAGGCACUUGAGGAUGAUGAAGACAGGGGUGAAGAAACUAAGUCUCAACACAGCUAUGGAACUUAUACUGGAAUAAAGCCCAAUAUUGAGGAGCUGGAGAUGCUUUUAGAAGCCUACUUUGCACAGAUAGAUGGCAUCUCACAAAAACUAUUCCAUAUGAGUGAGUACGUCAACGACACAGAGGACUUCAUUAACAUCAUGUUGGAUGAAAAGCAAAAUCAGCUGCUACAAAUGGGAGUGAUGCUGAGUACGGCAAAUAUGAUAAUGAAUGCAGGUAUCGCGGUUGUAGGGUUGUUCGGGAUGAACAUUGAGAUCUCUCUCUUUUCUAGUCCAACCAUAAACUUCUGGGAAACUGUUAUUGGUACUGUAGGAGGUUGUGUGGCUUUGUAUUUGAUUGCUGUAGGAUGGGGUAAGAAAAAGAGCCUCAUCUAGAGAAGGGGGAAAAAAUGGCUUCUUGUGGGUGGUUAAUUUUAUCUCAUAUGAUUAGUAUGUCAGGAAUCGAAACACUUGUAGCUGAAUUUUCAUUGACUGAAAAGAUUCUUGCUACUGACAUGAAAAGAAUUAACAGUUUAUGUUACCUACUGAAAAUACAUCUAUUUGAUAUGUAUAUAUUCAAAAGUCGAGUUUCUUUUGCUCUUCAA